AUGGCAGGGCCAUGGCUGCUCCUGCUGCUCCUGCUCAGGCUCCAGCUGACCCUCAGCAUCAUCCCAGUGGAAGAGGAGAACCCAGCCUUCUGGAACCAAAAGGCGGCUGAGGCCCUGGCAGCCGCUAAGAAGCUGGAGCCCAUUCAGACCUCGGCCAAGAACCUCAUCCUCUUCCUGGGAGACGGGAUGGGGGUGUCCACGGUGACAGCCACCAGGAUCCUGAAGGGCCAGAUGCAGGGCCAGCUGGGGCCAGAGACCCCUCUGGCUAUGGACCGGUUCCCGUACAUGGCCCUGUCCAAGACAUACAACGUGGACAGACAGGUGCCGGACAGUGCAGGCACAGCCACUGCCUACCUGUGCGGGGUCAAGACCAACUUCCGGAUCAUCGGUGUGAGCGCAGCUGCCCGCUACAACAACUGCACCACAGAGAAAGGCAAUGAAGUCCUCUCCGUGAUGUACCAGGCCAAGAAAGCAGGGAAGUCUGUUGGCAUAGUAACCACCACUACAGUCCAGCACGCCUCGCCAGCUGGCGCGUACGCACACACUGUGAACCGGAACUGGUACUCAGAUGCCAACAUGCCCACCUCAGCACUCCAAGAGGGCUGCCGGGACAUCGCCACGCAGCUCGUCUCCAACAUGGACAUUGAUGUAAUCCUUGGUGGGGGUCGCAGGUUCAUGUUCCCCAGAGGAACCCCAGACCCCGAGUACCCAGAUGAUGCCAGCCAGGCAGGAAUCAGGCUGGAUGAGAAGAACCUUGUGCAGGAGUGGCUGGCAAAGCACCAGGGGUCUCGGUAUGUGUGGAACCGCACAGAGCUCAUGCGGGCAUCUCAGGAUCCAUCGGUGACACACCUCAUGGGUCUCUUUGAGCCCCAACACUUGCAAUAUGAAACCUACCGAAACCACGAGCUGGACCCCUCCUUGGCAGAGAUGACGGAGGUGGCUGUACGCGUGCUGAGCCGGAACCCUCGUGGCUUCUUCCUCUUUGUGGAGGGGGGCCGCAUCGACCAUGGCCACCAUGAGACCAUAGCUAAUCGCGCACUGCAUGAGUCGGUCAUGUUCGACAAUGCCAUUGAGAAGGCCGGCCAGCUCACCAGCGAGCGGGACACCCUGACCCUCGUCACCGCUGACCACUCCCACGUCUUCACCUUUGGGGGUUACACCCUACGGGACACCUCCAUCUUCGGGCUGGCAUCUGGGAUGGCCAAGGAUGGCAAGCCUUACACCUCCCUGGCAUAUGGAAAUGGCCCAAAUUUCCAGAUUCCCCGGCCCUAUGUCACCAUCAAGGAGACCAGUGACCCCACUUACCGGCAGCCGGCAGCCGUACCCCUGUCAUCCGAGACGCACGGCGGCGAGGACGUGGCAGUGUUCGCACGAGGCCCACAGGCGCACCUCAUGCACGGCGUGCAGGAGCAGAGCUACGUGGCGCACCUCAUGGCCUUCGCGGGCUGCCUGGAGCCCUACACCGCCUGCGGCCUGCGGCAGCCCAGCCUGAGCAGCAACCCCAGCAGCAACCAUGGAGGCAACUGCAGCAGUGCUGCCGCCCACCUCUCGCUGUCCCUGGUAGCCUGGACGCUGGUGCUGCUGCUGGGGGCCACCAUGCUCUGAAUGCCAGCAUUUCCAUCCCAAGGUCCCGCUAGGGGUUCCCAGCACAGGACGGCUCAGGCCAGCCGGCAUGCACCCCAUCUGCAACCCCAGGGUCCUUCCAAGCUCUCUUCCCUCUGCCUCACCUCCAGGGGCUGGGACUGGGCCCUGAUGUAGGAGCACAGAUUCCCUGCCCUCUGGCUAACCCUCCUCCUGGGGCAGACAGCAGCAAUAAAGAGAUUAUGUCCAGGGAGGUAGUUCAGCGGACGUAAGUGCCUGCCUGGCAGGCGCAAGAUCCUGAGUUCAAUCCCUGAUACCAAAAGUAAAGAGAACUGUAAGAAUGAUGGUGACAGGCCUGGUUCUUGUAGAGGAAUCCCAGACCAGAGAGCGUGGGGGCCUGGCCCUGCAUAGGGUGGGGAAUUUGAGACCUUGCACAAAGGCGUGGAGCCACAUGGUCUAAGUGGGAGACUCUGCAGCCCUUAGCUGUGCUGCAAGGUGGGGAGGGUGCUAGAGAGGAGCACCCACAGCCCUGAGUGGGGUUCUACUGAGCCAGGUGGGGGCUCAGGGCAGGGGCAGGGCGAGGCCCCUGCUCCAGGCUGGGGCGCCCACACACAGGCUCAGUGCCAU